CAUAAAUAAAAUAAAAUUUUUAAAUAACCAUCAAUUUGUAUUUAAUAAAAUAAAUAAUGAAAUUUAUUUAAGUAUGGCUCGUUAUCGUUUGCAAAAUACUAAAAGUAGAUUUAAAAAAAAGAAAAUAACAGCAACAACUUCACAGAGUGAAACACAACUAAAUAAUUUAUCAUUGUGUCAGCAACAAAUUCAUCAACAUCGCUAUCCAACACGUUCAAGAAAAUUGAAUAAAUCACAUUCAAUGACUGAAUGUUCUGAUGAUAAGCAAAUAAAUAAUCAUGACACUGAUGAUGAUGAUGAUGAUAAUUCAAGCAACAUGAUGAGCCCAGAAGCCACAAAUACACCUCGUCACAUGAAACGUACUUCAUCAGAUUCAAGUAUUAUUUGUCUCGGUGAAUUUCGUAAAAUUCCACAAUUUAUUGAUCUUGUAAAUAAUAAAGAAGAACCACAAAAA